UCCUCAUUUAACAGCAUUACACAAUUAUGAUUUCACUAUUCACCAGCGCAAUAAGUGGCCUGUGUUGUUACAACCUAUACACACAAAGCGGAGGUUGAUGGAUGCAGGCAGAGACACAGUACUUCAGUCUUUUAGAGAUCAGAGAUGUCUGAGCUAGAUUCUGAGUAUGUGAACUACACUGAGAAAAGAGGAGAGCACAGAGAAAUAGUAGUGGAAAUCUAUGACAGUGCAGACACUGUUAGAGGUCAUGACCAUAAAGAAGAAACAGAAGCCACGAGAAAAGAGAAAAGCCUACAGACUGAACACACAGGAGAAACAUGGAGCAGAUGUUACAAACUGACCACAGUGUGUGUGCUGCUGCUGUGUGUUCUCCUACUGACUGGCAUCACGGUGCUGUGGAUCAAAUUCAAUAACGUGAGUACAGAAAAAGACCAGCUACAGACCAGAUACAACAACCUGAUGGAGAACUCCGAACUGCACAGUGCAAUUUCAAAACUUGGAUGGAGAGUUUUCAGAUCGAGCAUUUACAACAUUUCUACUGAAAAGAAGAGCUGGAAUGAGAGCAGAAAGUACUGCAGAGAGAGAGGAGCAGACCUGGUGAUCAUAAACAGCAGAGAGGAACAGGAGUUCAUCAGUAAUUAUACUGGCAGUACUGAAGCUUGGAUUGGUCUGACUGACAGAGAGACAGAGCGGGAAUUUAAAUGGGUGGACGGUAAACCACUGACCACUGCGUUCUGGUGGGACGGGGAACCCAAUGAUUACAACAAUGAGGACUGUGCUAUAACAGGUUAUAGCAAGGCUAAAUCUAACAUAUCGACCUGGGCUGAUUAUCCCUGUAACCACCCUGUAGUCGGGAUUUGUGAGAUGAAAAUAUUUAACUGAGCACAUGAAGGUCAAUAGCUGAAAUUGUGAAUGUGAAGCUUGAGGCUGUACUUCUUUCCCAUUUAUUCUCACAAUAGCAGCUAUCAGGUAGCUUGAAUGAUUCUGUGUAACAUUCAUAAAGCUUGUGUGGAUUUAAAAAGAAGAUAAAACUUACAGUUGGGGUCAUAAGUUUACAUACACCUUGGAAAAUAUUAAUAAUUAUUUUUUUAAAUACUGCCCUGAAUAAGCUUUUUCACAUAGCAGAUGUUUUUAUAUAGUCCACAAGACAAAAUAAUAACUGAAUUUACACAAAUGAACCAGUUCAAAAAUUUAACAACUAUCAAAAGAUGAACAACUAUCACAAAACAUAAAAACAGCCGUUGAUCAUCCAGGUAACACACACUUUCACAAAAACAAAAAAAUUCAGUUAUUAUUGUAUCUUGUGGAUUAUAUGUAAACAUCUGCUAUGUGAACUAGCUUAUUCGGUACUAAAUGAAAAGCACAAUGCAAUUUUUAUGAUCUCUCAUUUUUUUGUAAUUAUUAACAUUUUGCAGAUUCGGCAAGGGGUAUGUAAACUUAUGUAAUUUUACCAACUGUAUUUUACCAAUUACCAACUGUAAUUCUGUUCUGUAAAAGCAUCUUUGAGUAUCUCGCAAAGCGCUCUAUAAAUAAAAUGUAUUAUUAUUAUUAUUA